UGCAACCUUACGACCCAAACCGUCACUAGCCAUCUCCCUUGGAUCAUUCGUAGCCUCCAAGAUCUACUUACCAUUGAGAAUCAUCAUAGCUUGCUCCUCCAUCCGUCCAUCGUCUUCCACAAAUCAUCGUCUCCCGAUCACACACCGACAUAUCGACCGAGCGAUCACAACGGGCUCCUGCGAGCGAGCGGCGCGAUCAUGGCGUACCGGGUGCUGGAGGUGACGCUGAUCUCGGCCAAGGACCUGAAGAAGGUGACGAUGUUCUCCAAGAUGCGCGUGUACGCGGUGGUGUCCAUCUCCGGCGGCGACCCAAGGACGCCGACGCACAGGACGCACUCGGACCGGCACGGCGGCCGGAACCCCAUGUGGCACGCGCCGCUGCGGUUCCCCAUCCCGACCGCCGCCGACCCGCGGGGGCUGGCGCUGCACGUGCUCCUCCGCGCCGAGCGCUCCUUCGGUGACCGCGACGUCGGCGAGGUGGUGGUGCCGGUGCAGGACCUCGUCGCCGUGGCGCCGCCCGCCGGCGAGCAUCGGCACCUCAGCUACCAGGUGCGCAGCCCGAUGAGCGGCCGGAAGCGCGGCGUGCUCCACAUCUCCUACAGCCUCUCCGACGCGCCUGCCCCCACGGCGGCGGCGCCGGGCGACGCGCAGUACAUGCAGACGAACGCGGCGGCCAAGGCCGGCGCCGACCCGGUGACCGCGUACCCGCCGUACCACCACCAGCAGCACGCCGUGCCGCCGUACGGCUACAAUCCACCGUACGGGUACGCGGGGGCGUCGUACGGCUACGGCCCCGCCGCGGCCGCUCCCUACGGGUACGGCGCGCCGUCCGCCGCGGCGGCCAGGCAAGACGGAGGCGUCGGGAUGGGCUCCGGGUUCGGGAUGGGGCUCCUCGGCGCGGCGGUCGGCGGGAUGAUGAUGGGCCUCGGCGAGGGCGUGGGCGAGAUCAUCGCCGACUCGGACAUGAGCAUGGACGGCUGCUUCUGAUCCGCGUCCGACGCGUCUUGCAUGCAUGCAUACACGCACGGCUCACUUAGAACACGUAGUACGUUGGCCAAAAAUGCUACACCUACGAAAAUUGCUGCGUAAACUUACUUAAAAACUUAUAUCCUUCUCUAAUUCUAACUAAUCCCCCCUGAUUUUCAGGGUGGGCGGACGUGCUAUCCACUUAAACGAAGCCACAUCAGCCUUUACGUAACUUUUCGUAGCAAGCUUACGUAGGUGUAGCAAAGCUCGUACGUUGGCCAAUCACAGUGCUGCUCGAUCCCUUGGAAGCAUUGGACCGACUCGUGCGCGCGCGCGCGUAUUCAAGUGCGUUGCGAUUUUCUUUUGAUCCUCAGAGAAACUGCUUGUGAGUUGUGAUUGUGACGACGUGAAAAUGAUCCACGACUUUGACGCAGUCGCCACUCUCCUUCUAGGGGUUUUCCAAUAAAUAAACUUAGCUUCAUUGCCAUCCGCGCGCCCAUCCCGGCAAUCUCGUUCGAGGUACAUAGCCAAUGUUUUGCAGUGAUGCUGCGAAUGACAUCGUUUACGUGUUGAACUGAUGAAGUCAACUUUAUCAGGAUUCUUUAGUUGUACUUGUAUCAGGGAUCUUACAAUGUGUAUAUUUAAGCU